UUGGUUUAGGUCCAUAAUGGAAUCUACCGUGAACAGUGGAGUGAUUCUUUCAGUUUACAUCAUUUCAUUCCUGAUCAGCUUCCCCUGUAAUCUCUUGGCUCUCUAUGCAUUUAGUACCAAGAUUCGCUCCAAGCCACUUCCAACAGACUUCCUGCUGCUCAACCUGACUGUCUCUGACCUGCUGUUUUUGAUCAUCCUGCCUCUCAAGAUGCACGAAGCAGCAUCUGGUAUGAAAUGGGAUCUGCCCAACUUCAUGUGCUCCAUCACCUCCUUCACAUUUUUCUCCACAAUCUACACCAGCUCCUUGUUGCUGAUGGCAGUCAGUGUGAUCCGCUACAUAGGAGUAGCAUUUCCUAUCACCUAUCAUCUACUGCAGAAACCUGUGCAUGCAAUUGUUAUCAGUGCUAUUAUUUAGCUGAUCUUGAUAGCACACUGCAGUAUCACUUUCAUCAUCCAGCAUCACCCAUCUCUGGCCAGUAAUAACUCCAAUGCAUGUUAUGAACAUUUUUCAGAGAAGCAGUUGGAGAUCCUCCUCCCACUACGUCUGGAGUUUUUCUUUGUAC